AUGCAAGUGUUACUAAUCUCCAUGCAUAUCAUCUUACAGAAGCCUGAGCUUGAGAUGAUCGGAACAAAAUUGAGUGCACCGUUAUUGCUGCCUUCCCUUCUCCUUUUCCUGCUGCUAGAAGACAAUGCAGGUAAUAAGUUUUCACCUAAAAUGCAAUCUUGAUUUUUGCACUUAAGUGACCCUGGAUUGCAUUGGUUUGGCUUUACUUUGUUGUGUGACUAGUCGCUUCAAUUUCUCGACGGUAAGAACUCCAAGACAAAAAUAAUCGCAAUUUAAUCAAUGACGUUUUCUUAGGCUUAGCCAGUUUGCUUAUUUUUACAUUGAGUUUUCACUAUCUUCUUGUGUUAUUUUGCUUUCUUCUGAUUGGCUGUUAUGAUCACUUUCGUUUUAACAACACUCAAUCAAAAUGCGCUCUUUAAAACACGUAUGCAUAUGUAUGUGGUUAUAAAAUAAUUAAUGCUGAGUUUCAGAAAGCUCUUCUCAAAAUUUCAGUGGAGAUUUGAGAGAGAGCUGAGUUUAGUUUCGCGAUCAGCAAUCGCUGUAGUCCUACAUACUAAUAAAAGAAUGUGAAAUUUCGGUUCUAGUUUCUCAUUCUAAAGCUAGAGUUUUUAUAAAUCUCAAUCGACGAAAAAAAGAAGUGUAUGUAAAAACCAGUCUUUUACGCAUAUUACAAAUGACACGAAUAGAUAUCCUUCCCUCUGUUACAUAUAUUGCAGCGAAAAUUCUCUGAUCCCACAAUGAUUCCACCUUUUUAGAUAGUCUGCAAGGAAUUUUUUUUCUUCCCAACUGACUUGAGCUUUCUGAAACAUAGAUGGCCGAGCUAUAGUGUCGCCAUUCUUUCGACCUCCACCCGGACAAGAGUAUGAAAAGAUUAACGCCAUAAAAGGUAGUUUGAGCAUCUUUGUUUAAUUCAGAGCGUUUAGCCUUAGCACUUAGUAGCUUAGGACUUGAACAAUGUUUAGAGCCUUACGCGUGAACGAUGAUUCUUCCUCGUUUCUCGUCGCUUUUGGUCUAGACAUGCACAUAUGAUACCAGAGUGAAAUACUCGAUGGCCUGGUAAAUAAAGCACAGGAAUUGCGACUAAGAGGUUUGAGCUCGAACCCUGGCCAGGUUACGGUGUCGUUUUCUUAAUAAAAGACAUUUCUAUCCCAGUGCCUUUUUCUAAUCAAGAGUAUGAAUAGGUGUCAAUUACAUAGUGUCAGAGAAACCUGAAGAAAGGCUGUCGAAUAACAAUGCGAUGGGUUGGAAGCUUGUCUAGGGCGGAGUAGUUAUGAUUCAGCGGGAUUGGCUGAAGCAUUUUAAACCUUUGAGUGCAUACUGCUGACUUUAUCCCGAGGCAUUAGCAUGGAUUUACCCAUUUUGUCUUUCUUUUUUUUAUUUUUUUUUUCUCACCUUCUAAAAUAAAUUAGCCGAUGAUCAAGCGUUUUAUUUCUUUCCAUUUCGUUUUGUUUUGUGUUCUUUUGAACCACCUCAGACCAUUUUUAUGAGCAGUUCUAUGGUAAAGGAGGGAAAAAGAAUAAAAUAAGUCACAAGAAAGUACUGACAUCGCAGGAUAUGACAUUAACAAGAGAAGGUGAGAAACCGCAUGUAAUGUAAUUGUAUCGUGAAACAUGUCAAGUUUAUUUUGUAAAGAAUUAGUUUUCACAGGCUUAACAAGAAACAACAGGUUAACCAGGCAAAAGUGAAAACGUGUAUAAUUCGUGCACCAGGCAGGUGUGUGAAUGAAGCAUACCAAUAUCAGACUUGUCUGAGUUAAAGGAAGAAAACUCCGAACCAGAUUUGAACUACAAUGUAGACCUUAUCAUAAUGGACCAUCCUGCCAGUGCAAAUUGGUAACUAAUGUAUUGCAAGGAUUUCUUCUAAUAUUGCCUCGUACACAGCUCUGUUGCAGGCAACCUCGGCCCAGACCACCGCACUUGUUGCUGCAGCUCAAGCUGCGCGCUCAUCCUUGGAGAUCUCGGAACUAGCUCAGAAGGCCCAGGACAUCUCAGUCAAGAGAGCACUAUGGGCAUUAAAGACAAUCAAAGUUGCAGCGAAAGCUGAAGAAGUGGCGGUGAACGCCAUACAGACCAUGUUUAUGUAAAAAUGAGUAGCAGUAUUUCUAGUUUUCGCAGUCAGAUUUUACAAAAUAUAGAAUUUAAAAAUUGUCGCCUGGUUGUAAGACCUUUGAAAGAAAAAAGUAUAAUAAAUAUUUGUGCACAAAGCAACUUUACACCAUAAUUAAUCCCUCUACUUUUAAAGUAUUCAUUACAUCACCUUACCACUGAUUAUAAAUGCUAUCAUGCCAAAAUUACAUUCAGAGCGGAGAGUAUAUUUGAAUUUGCACCGCUCGUUAAUGAGUAAAAAUAAUUCAAAUAGAGGUCAAGUUUUCAAGCUCAAGCUUCCUACUUCCAGGAUUUAAACAAUAACUAAGCCACAUUACUGGUCUGUAGAUGACACCCGCAAUAACAUUUAGCGAUGACAUAUACCCAAAUUAAAGUUUAGCUAUUUAACAGUGAAAGCUUUUCUCUAAUGACGCUUAAUGUGAAGACAAUACGUAAUAACAUAUCAACAUAAUUUAUGAUAAUAUAUUUUGGUAAGUGACAUGAAGAAUAAUCAAAGCAAGGUUUGACAAAGCCCUGAUAUUUCUUCAAUCUUGCUUUUUCUUAUCUAUGUAGGAUAAAAAUACUGCAAGGAACUGUUUCAUGCAAUCUUACCUAUGCUAUACAUCGUGCUCUCAUUAAAAUAACUCAUUUUCUUGCUCUAAUCUACGAUGAACAUUUCAGAUUCCGAAAUCUUGCAACUUGUACUUCAUCUACCGUUCAAUUUGUUUUUCAUUUCAUGAGAAGCUGUGUCACGAAGUAGUAAGGGAAGAUACAAAUGAAAGGAAAAAAUUUGUCCAAGUUAGAGCAGCAACAUGUUUUAAGGGUCAUUUGGCAUACAGCGCUCCACUUGACUGAGGUUUAUUCCUUGUUGGACAGACGAAUUUUAACAUGAUUUUUUACAGGGGCUUUUGUUUCAAAUGGCUUACUGUACAAAAGCCUUUCCAUCGUUUUAGUUAAACGUUUGAAGAGGUUUUCAAUCUUAAUUAGCUAGGAAGAGGCUCGUGAAACGUCUCGACAAACUUGAGGGUUUUUAAGAUUUAAUUUUUCAAAACGAGAAACACAGACCUUAAUGGAACAAAGACGGUAAGGGGUGCAAGCAUGGACACGAUUUUUUUUUCAAAAUGCACAACCCACGGCGUACCUCCAAUUCUUAAACACUGAAAUAGUUAUUUUGCUCAUGACCCCUUAAGACCAACACCCUCAGAACAAUGAAGAGGCCCUUUAUCUUCCUUAAUUAACCACCUGUUCAUCUGUCAGAUAUUCAAAUCAGAACGUCAAGGAUAUAACGUAUGCAUAACAGAUUGAUGUCAAAUUCAUCUAGUAUUUUCCUACGCUACAACGAAAAGGAAUUUUUGGAUUGCUUUUUUCCCUUUUUUAUUUUUAAGGUAAGAAAUCUAACAUACGACAUAACGGUUACAUUUUUGCUGCGCAGUUUUUUUUUUCGCUAAAAUCGAGAUAGAGUUUAGUCUGCAAAAUACGAUGUUUGAUGUUUGUCGUCCAUGAACAGGUCAAAUUGACUUUUCGUCGGGCAGGAUAUGUGGUGAUUUACGCAUUCGUCGAUCCAAUGUAAGUCAUAUUUACAUGUUUCAUAUUGUGGUUUUGAUGUUUAAACCAAAUUACUUCCGUUCUUCAACGUCGAUGUUCAAAAUAUGAGUUUUUCGGGAUAUACUCUGCCCCCAGUCUACCUUUGGUCAUGAAACCAAAUUAAACCUUACUGAAAAAUAAUAGAGAGCUUUACCAGUCAUUAAUGUAAACUUUGAGGUAAGGAAGUCGUGUAUAACUGAAGCAAACUUUGAAUUUUAUUAACUUAUUAUCCAGACUUAAAGAGAGUGAAAAUUAUUAAUCAAAUAGGAUCUUCUUAAUAAGCGCUUGUUAUACUAAGAAAAAAAUAGCACAGGUCUGAACAAUAAUAGAUUCAAUCUGAACGGGGGCAGAUGAAUUUUUAUCUUUACUUUGUCGUUGUUGCAAGAGUGUAAAUGGUUCAUCUUCUAAUCACGAAAAAAAUGUGUGGUUUUAAAACCGCGUACGACGCCAUAUUGUUUGGCGCGAUCUCUACCUGUUAAUACUCAGUCUGGCCACCAGUUUCCUGCCAGGUUUCACUCGACCCGGUAAGAUAAUUUGGGAUCUCUUUUUCCACCUGAGCCUUGCCUGUAGAUUUACCCUUUUACUUCCUUCUUUUUCUUUGCGAAUUCAGUUGCUGCAGCUGUCAUCAAUGUCCAGUAUGUUUCUCAGAAGCAUAUGAUGUUUUGCGAUAUUGUUAGGUGAUCAGUAUGCAUUUAAUUAUUAUUGACAGUUACAAGAGGAAUACCUGUCGAACCAAUUUUCAAUCCAUGAAAUGGAAAGCAACUGAACCCCCUUUGUACUAGCAAGUUAUCCUUGGUCAUUGUAGUUGCCAAGGAAAUAUUGUUCACUACUUACUUCCACGAAGAAAACCCGUCAUCUACAUUUGUAUAUCUAUAAAAACUCGACCUUUGCAAGUUCCUCUGUUUGACUCUUAGGGAGAGUACCAGAUGACCUCCGGCUACAGUGAGGUCUCAGACGUCCUCAGUGUGGAAGCAUACCUUGACAAGCCUUUCAUGGCAUAUUUCUUUGUCUACCAAUCAGAUGAUUCUUUAUCUGACAAUGAGAAAUUCUCGUUAUAUAGAAUCAGAGGAUUACUCCUAAUUUUUUCGUACCGAGCAAUUUCCGAAGCUUUUAUUUUGCGUGGUUUUCGUAUGUGGUAUAAUUCUCUUGAUGGAAAUAAAGUUCUGGAAGGAGCUACCGUUCACAUAUUGUUUUAUGAAGAAAUAAUUGCUCUUGUUUUUGCUUAGGUUGUUAUAGAUCAGUAUCGAUGAUGCAUUGGGCCGUAGUGACCUUCGCAGUGAUUAUUGCUGUUAUAGAAAUCACAGGUGAGGAUUCCAAAUCUAUUUUAUAACACCACCGUAAACUCUGCUUUUCAUAAAAAAAACUCACCAAUUUAUGAAAGAAAACAAUCAGAAGGAACUGCCACUCCCUCUCCAGCAACCCUUCUGACAGGGACAGCGCAGAGCAGGGACUGAGAAAGCUUUAGCCCUUCCAUUUUGGCCAAUAAAAAUAAUUAGAUAGACAAAUUGUAAAACAAUGCAGAAAAAUUUAAUGAGUUUAUACGUAAAGGACAAAUGCGUCAUCAGGUAAAAUACAAGCACAAUUAACUUAAAUUAAAAAAUAAUUACAAAUGUGUGACGACAUAAAAUUUAUCACCUCUUACUCAUGCUCCUAACGAUUUAUGCCGUUUCGUUUUGACCUGUUUCAUAGAACUUAGCUUUCCUUUGCUUUUUUUUUAGAAGCCAAGCCCUACGUUAGGAACAGACAAUAUACUGAAAAUCCUGGAAAAGGUAAAUCCUAUGGAUCAAAUAAUGCUGAAUAUAAAUUAACUCUCAAAAAUUUCAAAAUGAUCUUCUCCAGUCGGGGUGAAGCCAGCCUAUGGACCCGUUGGCCCGGGCUUUCAAUUUUCUCCCUAGAUGAAUUUUAUAAUCUCACUCUUGCAAAUGUAAAAAACAAAUUGAAAUUUCUUCGGGAACAAGCUUACAACAAGUCAAAAAGCUGGCUACGUCCUGCCUAUCAACCUUUUUCGUGGAAGAAUUCCAAAAAAAUGUCUGUUCGACUUUUUGGCCUUGUGUUCUAACCUCGAUCAACCUUUUUUUGUUUGUGCAAAUUACAGGGGCUUGUGCAAAUAAUCGGUAUAGAUGUGAAGGAGGGAAUAAGUGCAUACCGUUAAAAUGGAUCUGUGAUGGAGUUCAUGACUGUGACGAUAAACUCGAUGAGCGGAAUUGCUUAACAGGAAACGAAACCAGCAUUCCUUCCUACAGUAAGUUUAAAUUCCAAUAACUGUUCAAUUCAUUAAAGGAACGGUAUGUGGAAAAAUUGCUCUCUAGGUAUUAGAACGGAUAAUUAUGUAACGAAAGGAGGUAGUGAACAAAGGAGUAAAAGGUUGAAAGCAAGAAGGGUGAUUCCAUCUAUGCUCGCAACUACUGAGUUAAAAAAAGAAGAUACAACGUCGAGGAUUGCAAAGAUUUGCAGUCUUUUAGCGUCCUGUCCUCAUUCUAAUCUUCUUCAUGGCUAAUUUUAUAUCUGCGAGUUUCUUCUUUUUCUUUUUUUUUUCCUAUGGCUGUAUACUAUAAUAUUCGGGAAAUUACAUUUCACAGUUCAUGCCAAGGAAAUCAGUGAAGCUCAAGACAUCAUAGACGGCACCAAGAGAUCCGGAAUCAGUGGUAAGCGAAUUCAUUCUUGAAUCAGAUAGAAAGAAGGUCACAAAUAAGACUCAUCUUUUAUUUGUACUAAUUUAUAUCCAGGAUGCCCGAGAAAUACUUACUCAUGUGACGAAGGUCAAAAAUGUCUCCUUAUGAGUUCGUUGUGUGAUGGCAUGAGCGAUUGCCACGAUGGCACAGAUGAGAAAAACUGUCCUCCAAAACCAGGUAAGUGACUGCGGGGACGAUGCUGUUGUAUGUUUGACCGUUGCCAAUGGCCGAUUGUAUUUUUGUAGUUGUUUUAAGAUUCUGUGCGAACGUGAUUCUGACCCUUUGAAAGACUUUUUUUUAAAUCAGUUCGAUAUGUAUAUCCACCAUUGAGUCGUGACCUUUCUUUUCCUUAUUUACGACUGUUAUUCCAUGAUGUGUCAGCUUUAUAUUUGCACUCUUCUAAGCCUGUCUUUCUUAGUCACCAGACCACCCGCCAGAGGAAAAGACCUACUUAUUUCUCUUCUGAAAUGUCUAGUUUUCUCUGUAUCACUAUCUAAAUUUCUUUUCUUUCAAUACGAUAUCUCAAAAAUUAUCAUAAUUCACUUUAAUAUCAUUUUCAGUGAUUCUCCAAACCAUAUAGCCGUUGCCAAUUCAAAACAAAAUUCCCAGAUAUCACGUGGUGUAAAUCUUUGAGUUAACACUCACUCUUAUUUUUACGAAUUUAAAAUCUAAAGCAUGUGAGUCAAAUAAGUUAUCCUGCGACGAGGGAGAGAAAUGCCUACCGCUGACCUGGGUGUGUGACAACAUCAGCGAUUGCAAUGACAACAAGGAUGAGCAUAACUGUCCAAACAAGAGGACUGGUAAUGAGUGACAUGUAUUUUUUUUACCUAAACUAUGAGUUUUAAAACUAAUUCCCGCUACAUUAUUUGUUUAAAUUUAUGUAUCUUGGCUUUGUAUUUUGUCUUUUUGCUCUCGUCCAAACGCCUAUUGUAGACAUAGACUUAAAAUUUCUUGACAUUUUUUGUUCUAAAAGAUAAUGUAUUUGUACUCAUAGGAAAAUCUCUAGCGCAUGCUGCUGAGGAAGCAGCAAUGACCGCUGCUCAGGAAGCAAAACGAGCCGCAGCUGCAGCUGAAGACAUGAUGCUGCUGGCUCGAAGAGCCGCUGAAAAAGCCAGUCGCGCCUUAAAAAUUGCGGAAGAUUAUGGAGCAAAAAAAUCAUGAGAAUGUGAACUGACAUUAACUCCAUUUAAGAAAGUUCAUAGAACUUUUGUGGGCGGGGAAGCAUUAC